AGAACUUAAUCUGUUACCUCUGAAUGUAGAUUUCAGUGUGCUUAGUGCGAGUUUGCAAAUGAUUUGAUUGAUUUUAGUUCUUGAAAGUAUCCGCUAGGGACGCUGUACAAUCUGUCUGUUUAAUGUAAUUUUUUACGCAGUCGCUAGCGAUGACGUUUGAUGUAAACUCGCACUAAGCCACAGGAGACACUCCAGUAUAAAGUCAACUGUGAUUGGUCUAAAUAUGAGUGAACUGGAAUCUUCAGGGCAAGCUUGCUACACUCAUAGAUCGCAUUUGCAGUGCACUCUGCACCCCUCGACAGAGAGCUAGAGUAAGUUGUGUGUAAAAAUGUUGACUUUAAAUCUAUUGAGUAAAACUCGACUCAAAAUCAAACAGUUUCGUAUGGCCUUGAAUUUCAACAUUAGACCAAUUACGGGCCUGAAUUUAUUCUUGUGGGUUCAUAUUGAAACAUUUUUCUCAUGUUCUAAAACAACGCCUGAACUGAACUCAAUUCAAACAUAAACGUAGAAUUAAAUCUGUGAUUGGUUGAAUAUUUAGACCAGUGUUAUUUUAUACUUGAGCGUUGUUUUAGAAAGGGGUAAUUAACUCUGCAAAGAGAGGAUACUAUUUUAUACAGUUACUACGUAAUAUUAACGGGUAUAAUUAAUACAUUUACAUAGUAUUUUAUGUAUUGGAAAUUUAUUUUUGUAUUGCAUUAUAAAUGUUACAGUUAUUUAAGAUUUUAUACCAAAUAUUUUUAUAUAUUUUACAACAUAUAAUUUAUUUUAGUCUAAGUUAGGUGUAUUGAAUAAUAUUAUAAUGUGUUUUCGUACAUUCAGAGUAUGCUAUAGCUGGAGCUACACAAUUCACAACGUCUAUUUGUUAUUCUAAAUACAAAAGAUCAAAUUACAAAUUGGCUUUGAAUCACGCAAAAUUGGAUUUAAAAUUUAUAAAAACAUUAUUUAUUUUCAACAGAGGCCCCAGUGUCCCUUUUUAAAGGUAAUUUAUAAAUAGAAAUUAUAAAAAUAAGACGCGGCACAGCUUACUGCGGCUAUUGUAUUUAUAUGUAUAAUAAUAAAUCAGCAUAACGUGUUUGCGCUAAGCGGGCAGCCAAUGCUGGACACAGCAUUAAAAUAACAAUCCUGGCACAGUGCACAUAUCUGUCGAAUAUCGGGUCGCGCGUCACAUACACGCGACACGAUAGCGCUUGCGACUACUCGUCAGAUAAUUUAACAUGUCGCUUCUUUUAAACUUUUCUGCAAUUAGAUACUUAGUUACAUAGCUUUUCGAAAAAAAAAACUAAUAUUUACUUUCAUCUCUUCCUUUCUCCACCCAUUCUUAACAUACUUAAAAUGCACUAAUAGCCCAAAAUGUAAAAAGCGUUGUGUGGCCCCCGCCAAACCCUCCCGAUGACGAACUACCGAAACACGAGGUCGACUUGCAAAUGACAAGUAACACUCGCCCUGAACCAGCUGCGUCGGCGGCGGGAUCAGUGUCUGUCCCGCCGGUGACGACUAGUACCGCACAAACUAUUGAACGCAGAAUGUCUUCAACCCAACAGACGAAGGAAGUGACUUCUUCAGUAACAGGAUUACUUACUAUGCCUCCAAUGAUGACUAAUCCUCAACAAAUGAUGGAACAGGCAAUGUCUUCAAGCCAACAGUUUAAGGAACUGGCUACCUCAAUGGCAGAAUCGGUGGCUAUGCUUCCAACUAUGACUAAUGCUCAGCAAAUUGUUGAAAAGAUGUCUUCUUGCCAAGAGACUAAAGAACACGCUUCUAGUGUUACAUAUGCUUCAGCCAGUAUGUCGACCACUACAGCAACUUCUUCAAAAUCAGAAUCGAUUGUCCAGAGUCAUAAAUCUCAAGAGAAGCGAGAAACUACUAGCAUUGUUCAGUCAUUUUCGGAGCAAGCAUCAGCAGAAACUCAAAGCGUUAUGAUCUAUCAAUCCCAGACAAGUCCACCUAUACAAAAGUCAUUCGAAAAUCCUAUGGAUACCAUUGCCCAAAAGCAAACCAAAGAGAUUUCUGAUUCGAAUACGACGGUCACUUCGGAGGUAGCUGUAGCGAAAGAAUCGAUCACUUCUGCAUCUGAAAUUCAAGAAACUAAAAUUCAACCAAACCCUGAACCCAAGCCUGAGCCCAAAGAUACGACCACUGAAAUGAAAAGUGUUAAUAAUGAGGAAUCCCGUGCUGUAUGCAAUAAAAUUGAAGAGACAAAAUCUGAACUUAACAAUGCAACUGAAGAACAAACUGCUUCUUCUAAUAAAACAUCCGAGUCAACUCAAAAUACUAAAGAAGUUACAGAAAUUGAAAAUGUAUCAAUGAAAACUAACACCAUUGAAUCUGCACAAAUGUCUCAUGAAUCCCAAAAGAUUGCCACCACCACAAAAGAAGUAAAGUACAAGGACCUCGUUGGGGAAAAAGUUUCAAAAUCUGAUACUGUUUUACAAACACAAACCCUCCCUGUGAGCAGUGGCCCUCAUGUUUCUAUGGUGGAAGCGUUAACGAUUGCACCAGAUCGUCCAUAUUCUCCUAUGCCGUGUGCUCCUCAAUACGUAAAUCCACAACCUGAUAAUCCUAAUCCUCAACAAAAUAAUCCCAAUCCUCAACAAAAUAAUAUGAAGCGUCAGAACAUUCCUCUACAAGAAGAUCCGAUACCGUCAAACCCAAUGCCAAUAUCAGGAGAUAAACAGGAGUUCAAGUUGCCACCUCAACCUUCGCCUAUGUUUGCGCAGCAACCGAAUCGUGGUAUAACACCUAUUCCACCCAUCAAAACGUAUAAUCCCCCUGAAUCACGUCAAGCGCCCAUACCAAUGCCAGCUGAAACUAAACCUUAUAUACCCCCAGAUUUUAAGAUCAACAUUGAACCAAAAGUACCAAGAGAAGAAGCUUCAUCUCCAAUGGUUGAUGCACUGACUACAGCACCGAACCGACCAUUUACCCCUGUCUCCUCAACUCAUCCUAUAGAGCGAGGAUCUCUCAGAGAAGCUCUUACUAUUGCUCCAGAUAGACCUUAUAGUCCAAUGCCGAUGGGUAUGACUUCACAAUCGCAAACGAGUAGCAGUCAUUAUACUUCGACUUCAACUGUACAAGUUCAAUCAACUUCCUCUGAAAUUAUACGACCGAUUGCAACCCAGACAACAACCCAAUUAACUGAUCAAAUUCAUUCUGAAUUCUCAAGCAUGCAAAACACCUAUAAAUUACAAUCUUCAUCGAAUACGUCGGCAUUUAAACCGGUCCCAGCAAAGCAAGUAUUCCCGCCACCUCAACCAGAAGAAUUUUGUAAACUUGCUCAUUUCCCUCCAAUAAGUGACGAACUAAAAACUAGUUUCGAAAAAUCUACACGAUCUAAACAGGAAAUGAUGAUAUCAGAAUCCAAAAUUGCACAACAAUCGGUAGUAACUACUAGCAGCAUGAGUACAAGUACUCAUGGAUUUUCUUCAGUCAAAAAUGCACAGCAAUUUUUUGAGCAUUUGGAUCAAAAGGAGUCCCUUACUUCUACCGCUGUGAGAUCAAAAUCCGGCUUACACAAAGCUGACAAAAUUCCUCCUUAUCAGAAAAACUUUGAUCAACUACCUUCUCAAAGAGGUAUCACACCUGAAGUCUGUUUUGCGCCAGCUAUACCUCAAAGACCCAUUACUCCAACCACUGAUCCUCCAACUAAACCACGUGAUAAAUCCCAGGAGCCAAAACCUUAUAUACCAACAAUGCCAACAGCUGAAGUUCCUAAAAUUCCUCAAAUCAAAACUCCAGUUCAACAAAGUCAUUUACAGUUCCAAAGAAAUACUCCUAUUUCUAUGACCUUUCAACCAGUGGCAGAUGAACACUUCCUACGAACCUCUCCGGCGCGUAGCCGCCCUACUACUCCAAGCCUAAUAAAUAAACCUGCGCCUAUUAUCCCUCAUUACCAAAUGAAUUUGGUCACUGUUGAGCACAUAGCGCCUGAGACGCAUAUGUAUGAUCCGUCAAGUCGAGAAGGCAGUCGUUCCCCUACACCUAAACUACGAUCAAGAUCACCAGCCCAAGGGCCACCGCCGAAUCCCCUGAAAGCUCAAGCUCCCAGACUUAAAGAAUCUACUCCUCAGCGUCAUACACCCCACACACUUUUGACGCAGGCAACUUCAAAUCUUAGGAAGGAACAUGAAAUGGCACAGAAAGAACAUCAAACUGAUGCAUUAAGCACAAAUUUCCCCAAAAGUUGGGUUCAAGAUCAACCUUCUGUCAUCAGAGAACAAAGACAUAGUAAUGUUGGAUACAAAAGUGAAACUUACAAUAAACAGAAUAUGAAUAUCAAGGAAGAUUCCAUGAUAAACCAAAACUAUGGUCAAAGACAAAUGCAGUCUCAAAACAUGGCUGAAUAUGGAAAUACUACAGUUCAAACCACAAGAAAAACUUUCGAAGAGUUUGAAAGGACUCAAUCCGCUAAAGUCAUAGAAAUCAGAACUGGUGGUUCGUCAUCUGCUGGAUAUCAGCACAUCGAUUCCAACAUUCGGCCGUCUAGUAUUAAUCCUAAGCAAGUUUUUCCACCACCGAUCAUGAGUAUGCCGACCCAACAAAGUUCAUCUUUUAACCAUACUAAUGAAAAUGUUUCCAAUGCCAGUAGAUCAAUAGAAAGUUGUCAACCAAAACCUUCGAUUUCUGGUGCUAACCAAGGUCCAGUGUGUGAUCCUACCCCGUCGACAGGUUCCAGUGUAGGAGCUGCUGCUCGCGGCAAAACAUUCGGCGUCUCGUCGGCGCCCAAGCGCGGCCGCGGUGUCUUGAACAAGGCAGCACUGCCUGGUUCUAGGGUGCCCCUUUGCGCUUCCUGCAAUGGGAAUAUUAGAGGCCCGUUCAUUACCGCGCUGGGCCGGAUCUGGUGCCCGGAGCACUUCAUCUGCGUGAACGCGACCUGCCGCCGCCCGCUGCAGGACAUCGGCUUCGUGGAGGAGAACGGACAGCUGUACUGCGAAUACUGCUUCGAACAGUACAUCGCGCCCGCCUGUGACAAGUGUCACGCCAAAAUUAAAGGCGACUGUCUUAACGCUAUAGGAAAACAUUUCCACCCUGAAUGUUUCAACUGCGUUUACUGCGGAAAAUUGUUCGGAAACAAUCCAUUCUUCUUAGAAGAUGGCCUGCCAUACUGUGAAUCAGAUUGGAAUGAGCUGUUCACGACGAAAUGUUUCGCCUGCGGCUUCCCAGUGGAGGCGGGCGACAGGUGGGUGGAGGCGCUCAACAAUAACUACCACAGUCAGUGCUUCAACUGCACGGUGUGCAAAAAGAACCUCGAAGGACAGAGCUUCUUCGCAAAGGGAGGGCGACCUUUCUGUAAGACUCACGCCCGCUAGUCCCCCGCAGAUAAUGUACAACUCCGACACUGUUUACUCGACUACGACUUUCCGCCCGGUCUCCCCUUCGCCGCUCACUGCUACGGCGCCUGAAACACCGUCGCCGCAAAGGACGAGGAAGUUGGAAACGCCCCUCCACUUCGAUGGAGGGCUGUUUUCUGACAUAAGAAGCGCGGAUGGCAAGUUACUCAGCAAGGUUACCGUGGAUCGCGUCCACAGCUCGACGCGCCACGACGUCACCGACUCGCCUAGCGUGUACGAGGGUAGCGGAUCGCACGGUAACAAGGAGUACGUCAACGACAUCAUCAAAACUGAAACGAUCACCAAUGAGGACGUCAUCAAAGUCAAGUUCACUCCAGUGCCACCGGAAUUAGACACUCCACGAUUGCUUACUCCGUCACAGUUUUACAUAAACAGAGCUACUAUCGAAUACCUGAAAGACAACUAUGAGGAUCUGAAAAGUUACAAAAUAGUAAAUUCUUUAUGCAAAGAGAAGCAAUUCGAAACGGAGAGUGUAAAAAUUGAGGAGAAAAACUUUGACAACUUGAAUAUUACUGAACCGUUUAGAAGGCCUCAUAGUCCACUGGCGAACUUGCUGUUGUCUGAACAAUUGACGAAAAUUGAUAACUACUUACAGGAAAGUUUGGACGCCUGUUCAACAGAAGUCAUUAGCAGGGCAACGCCAGUACCAAUUAUCGUAGAAAGGGAGACUGAGCAGGAAAGUAAGGAAACAAUAACAAAUGAAGCAUGUAAAGCGACAACUUACCACUUAGAGACGAGUACAAAUAAAUCUCUUAGCAGUUACCAUAAGGAGGAUG